GGGCAGAGCUGUGCGGGGCAGCCGGUGCGGGCUGCGCUCCUCCCGCCGGAGGGAGGAGAGCCUUGUCCCAACGAGGCGCUUUGCCUGCGCUGCGCUCCGCCGCCGCCUCGGACUCGGGAGCUUCCCUCCUCCUCCUCCUCCUUCUCGCCUGCUCCUGGCUUUUCUCGGCGGCUUCUCUCCUUUUGGCACAAAGCCGUGCGGUGCCCAGCUCUUGGCUCCCAGAUGGCCAAUUCCCUCAAUGGCCGGAACCCGCGCAAGGGACGGAUCCUGGGCUUCAUUGAUGCCAUUCAGGAUGCUGUGGGGCCCCCCAAGCAGGCAGCUGCCGACCGGAGGACUGUGGAGAAGACCUGGAAGCUCAUGGACAAAGUGGUAAGAUUGUGCCAAAACCCAAAGCUUCAACUCAAAAACAGCCCACCUUACAUACUUGACAUUCUACCAGACACUUAUCAACAUUUGCGACUUAUAUUGAGCAAAUAUGAUGACAACCAGAAACUCGCACAACUCAGUGAGAAUGAAUAUUUUAAAAUCUACAUUGACAGUCUCAUGAAAAAAUCGAAACGGGCUAUAAGACUAUUCAAAGAAGGAAAGGAAAGAAUGUAUGAGGAGCAGUCACAGGACAGGAGAAACCUAACAAAGCUGUCACUCAUCUUCAGCCACAUGCUAGCAGAAAUCAAGGCUAUUUUUCCAAAUGGCCAGUUCCAGGGUGAUAACUUCCGUAUCACCAAAGCUGAUGCUGCAGAUUUCUGGAGAAAAUUCUUCGGAGAUAAAACUAUAGUGCCAUGGAAAGUGUUUAGGCAGUGCCUUCAUGAAGUUCACCAGAUAAGCUCUGGUCUGGAAGCAAUGGCUCUCAAAUCUACAAUUGACUUGACCUGCAACGACUACAUUUCAAUUUUUGAAUUUGAUAUCUUCACCAGAUUAUUUCAGCCGUGGGGUUCAAUCCUAAGGAAUUGGAACUUCUUAGCUGUGACGCAUCCUGGAUAUAUGGCAUUCCUGACAUAUGAUGAAGUGAAGGCAAGGUUACAAAAAUAUAGCACUAAGCCUGGGAGCUACAUUUUCAGACUGAGUUGCACUCGUUUGGGACAGUGGGCCAUUGGAUAUGUGACUGGUGAUGGGAACAUAUUGCAGACCAUACCUCACAAUAAGCCUCUGUUUCAAGCUUUGAUUGAUGGCAGCCGGGAGGGAUUCUAUCUGUUCCCAGAUGGACGAAGUUAUAAUCCUGAUUUGACAGGAUUAUGUGAACCCACACCACAUGAUCACAUAAAAGUCACACAGGAGCAGUAUGAAUUGUAUUGUGAAAUGGGUUCCACUUUCCAGCUGUGUAAAAUCUGUGCAGAGAAUGACAAGGAUGUGAAGAUAGAGCCUUGUGGACACCUCAUGUGCACUUCUUGUCUUACAGCGUGGCAGGAAUCUGAUGGCCAGGGCUGUCCUUUCUGCCGCUGUGAAAUCAAAGGAACUGAACCAAUCAUUGUGGAUCCCUUUGAUCCAAGGGAUGAAAACUCCAGGUGCUGCAGUAUUAUUGACAGCUUUAGUAUGCCCAUGUUGGACUUGGAUGACGAUGAUGAUAGAGAAGAGUCCUUAAUGAUGAAUCGUUUGGCUUCAGUCCGAAAGUGCAAUGAGAGGCAAAAUUCACCAGUGACUUCCCCAGGAUCUUCCCCUCUUGUACAAAGAAGAAAACCACUUCCAGAUCCCCUGCAAAUCCCACAUCUUAGUCUUCCACCUGUACCGCCUCGUCUGGAUCUAAUUCAGAAGGGAGUAGCACGGUCACCAUGUGCCAGCCCGACGGGAUCACCAAAGUCUUCCCCUUGUAUGGUGAGGAAACAAGACAAACCUUUGCCAGCACCUCCACCUCCCUUGCGUGAUCCUCCACCACCCCCACCGGAAAGACCCCCUCCGAUUCCACCAGACAAUAGGAUAAGCAGACAUCUGCAUCAUCCAGAAAGCGUGCCUUCUAGAGACCAGCCAAUGCCCCUUGAAGGCUGGUGCCCCAGAGAUGUGUUUGGGACAAAUCAGCUGGUAGGAUGUCGAAUAGGGAGUGAUGCUUCUCCCAAACCAGGACUGACUGCAAUUUCAAAUAUAAAUGGAAGGCACAACCGCAUAAGUUCUGAUCCAGGAUUUAUGAGGAAACAUAGACGUCAUGAGCUGCCCGCAGAAGGUGCUAAGAUCUUUUCAAAUGGUCACCUGGUAAAUGAAGAAUAUGAUGUCCCUCCACGGCUUUCACCUCCUCUUCCAACUGCCUCCGUCGUCCCUAGUAUGAAGUGUCCUGCUUCUUCAGCAAAUUCUCUGUCUGAUAAGUCAAGGGAUCACCCAGAUGAUGAUGAUGAUGAUGAAUACAAAAUUCCUUCUUCACAUCCUGUAGUACUGAGCUCACAACCACUUCAUAGUCAUAAUACAAAACCUCUUGCUCGGGUGUGUGAGAACGGUCAGUGUGCUGGAGUAAUGAAUGGAACACACAGUACUACUUCUGAGAUGAAGAAAUCAAAACAUCCAGAGUUAGGAGAUGCCUAUGAUGCACCUACUGUUCCGGUACCUUUGCCACCUGCACGACCUCCUCCUACCAGAGACAACCCAAAACACAGCUCUUUGCUCAACAGGACACCAUCCGAUUAUGAUCUUCUGGUGCCCCCUUUAGGUGAAGAUGCAUUUGAUAGCUCGCCUCCUUCACUACCCCCACCACCACCUCCUGCUCGACACAGCAUGAUUGAACACACAAAACCUGCUGGCUCAGGAAACAGACCUUCUUCAGGACAUGAGCUGUUCCUUCAUUCUGAUCCCCAUUUUGAUCUGAUAACUGGUCAUGUUCCUUUGCCACCUGCUCGUAGAGUAACUGGAGAAAAUGUCAAAACUAAUAGGACAUCUCAAGAUUAUGAUCAACUUCCUCCCUCUUCAGAUGGUUCACAAGCACCAGCCAGGCCCCCUAAACCACUUCCUCGGAGGACUGCACCAGAAAUACACCACAGGAAAGCAUACAGCUCUGAUAGUUCCAUGGAAAAUGUAGAUGCAAAAAUUGCAAAACUUAUGGGAGAGGGCUAUUCCUUUGAAGAAGUCAAGAGGGCACUUGAAAUUGCCCAGAAUAACGUUGAUGUCGCCCGUAGUAUUUUAAGAGAGUUUGUCUGUUUUCCUCCACCGGUCUCCCCACGCCUCAAUCUAUAGCAGCGUCAAGAUUUUCUUGGAGCAUGUGAAUUCUACAUGUACACGUGUGGAUUGGGGAAUGAGAGAAAGAAGAGAAUGGAAUAUUUUUCUUUCAUCCUUAAUAGAAGGGUGUUUGUUUCCAGCCGUUUAUCAAAGGCUCAUGGCUGCUCUGAUCAAGACUUAUAAAUAUGCUGAGGCUUAUGUAUUUUUGCUAGCCAUACUUUUUUAAAUCAGGGUUGAACUGACAAAAUAAUUUAAGAAGUUUACUUCCCUAGAACUUUUAAUCUGUGAAAUGAUUUUUCUUGUUUACAAGUUGGCAAGUUACAGUUUUCUAGUUGAUGCCUAUACUAUGUUCCUGUUCCCUUGUUAUUUGUGGUCAGUUCUGCUGUAGCAUUCCCAACAGUUUCAAUGCUGACCACUCCCAUCAACUGCAUCAACCAUCAUCAUUUUCAGGAAGUUCCGUGUUUGGAUUAUAGGUUGUUUGGGUUUUUUUCCUACAAAAUGCUUUAAUUGUUGGGGUUUUUUUGUAUUUCAGCUCAUCAAUUGCAAAAAGUAUGUGGCCUUCACUACUGAUUUUUUUUUUUUCUGAGAUUCCUUUGCUUUUGAGAGAGGAAGUAUCUGAAUGUAAAUUGUAUUAUUCUGUCUAUGAACUGCCUUUUUAAAGGUAUUUUGACGGUAAUGUUGGGCAGCUUUCUGUUUAACAUGAAUUCCAUGACCUUGUAAUCCUCAAGGUCUUUUAUACACAGUUUCCACAAAAAUAUCCCAACCAACAAAUAAAACACCUCAUGCAGCAGUGAUACCAAGUUCUAAUAUGUAAAAGCUCUUGCAAAUUUGAGUAUUUGAUUGCCCCAUGUUCAUGAUAAUACUGUGUUUGGAUUACAUACUAAUGGCACCUGUUUUCUGUGACCUAUGUAAAUUGAAACAUGCCAAUCUAGAAGGUGUCUUUUUGAAUCGUAUUAAUGGUGUUCAGGUAAAUUCCAGUUCUAACUUCUGUAAAGUAGAAUGCGGUUAAUUUUUUUGUUUGAGUGAUUAUCCUGUGGUUCAUUGUGGCUUGGAUCAGUUUAUAUUUACAUGGAAACAUUAAAUCUUUGAUGCACUGUUAAUUCCUAAUGCUACUGUAGCAAUAUUUUUUGCUAAGUUCUUUUUUAACCUCCUCCUCUGUACACUUCUUUAUUCUCAAGUAUUUGUUUAAUACCCAAGUUCAUUCACUCACUUUCCAGCUGCUUAGGUGAAAAUACAUUUUUGCUUUAUGUGGUUGGUGAUACUCCAGGCUUUGUUUCAUUUUUGAGCCCAGAUUGAUGCAAGCCAAAUUGAAAGUCUUCCCAAUUUCAGAAAAGAGAGAAGACAACACUUUUCUCUGUACACAAAGCUGAGAGUUUGAAUAUUUCCAGAAUAAUUCUUAAGAUUGCUGCUUUCUUGAGUUUUUUGGGGGGAAAUUUUAAAAUCUGCUUUUCUUUUCUUACUGUUAAAAAGAUAAAACUAUGUGGUCGUUAGAAUAUUUUUCACAUUUUGACAUGUGACAAGUAUAGGAGAAUUUUCAGUGUGCUGAACAGAGUGUGAGGCAUAUAGUUAUUGUUUCCUUUCAGUUAUCAGUAUUCUCCUUCACUCAGAUCAAGUGGUAAAAGUUAAAUCACUUACAGGAUCAGAUCUCAGCAGCCAAUUUUUGUUUUAAAGAUUUUUUUAUUUGUUUUAAAAACAGCAGAUAGCUGUAUUGCAGGAUUCAAAAUAAAGACCCGAUAGAAGUUACUGUGGUAUCUGAAAGUCCGUUGUUUCAUCAAAGAACUUAUUCUUGAAACUAAUUAAAUAAAUUAUUCUUGAAACUAAUUAAAUUAUUUUGAAGCAUCACAAAGCAUAGUAUGGAUAUCAUUAAUCUGCUUCAUUGAUAAAAGAUGUUGAGGAGAAUUCAGGGUAUAGGGAAGAGCUGCUGUUCUAUUUUGAUUUAUGCAAAUUAGUGAAUUUGUUCUAGAAAAGGGCAUUUGCAACUUCCUUUAGUGUUCAGUCCUUGAGUACAACUUAUGAGAAGUUUUGUUUGAGGUUAUACUCUGUGCUUUUCAGUUCGAGUUAAUCUUUCCUCUGUUUGAGGGAAAGCUUUGUGCAGUCUUGAAUGCUCUUGUUCAUUUGAUUUGUUUACAACAUUACUCUAGUAUUUUAGCUAACUAAAAAUUCGAAAUGAUUCAUGCUAUUAAAUUAAGCACUCUGGUGGUACUGGAAUUAUUUAAUUGAUGUUCUAGCAUAACUGCCAGCAUAGGAACCAUGACAGUGAAAAAAGAACACUUUACAAGGAUGAGGAAACAAUCUGCAGAUUGAGUUUUGAAAAUUUGAAUUGUAAUGGAAACCUAAUUUUCCCCUUUUUGUGCAGAAGCUUAGUAUAAAUACAGCCUUAUAUUUCAAUUAGAGGCCAGAACUGCUGCAUGAUAGGUUAAGGUUAAAAAAAAAAAAAAAAAGCUUGAUGAGCAAUAUUCUGAGUGGUAACUUGAAAAGACUUCCAUUAAUCUUUAAAUGGGUGUGCUAAUAACACGCGUUCUAAAUAGUGGAACAGGAAGACUAUUUAAACCCUGUUUUGGUUAGUAGUUUUAAAGUCAAAUGGAGCAAAUUUGCUUUGCUAGAGUGUUGAUGUUUACUCUGCAGGAAUUUAUAGGCUUAAAAUAAAUUAAUCUGUCUACAGUCUAGUUCUUUAAACUCAUUAUCUAAACAUAUUAACCUUUGAAAGACAAAGGUUAGAGCCUGGCAGUGUGUUAUGUACAUGUAUAACUAAGGAAGGCUGAUUUUAGUGAGUGCUUGAAUGAACAAAGUUGGUUAAGCUGGGAAAUAUGCUAUCAUAUUUCUUCAAAGUAAAUGCCAUUGCAGGCUUUAGACCAUCAUACUGAUGUCUGUUGGCCUCACCUCUUGUCUUCUUUUGGCUGAAUUACUGCGUUUUAAGCAAAUUGGCUAGAUCAGAAGUUGAGCAGAGUAAGGAGACAUCAGCAGCAUGGUUCUCUUCCAAAGACAACAAGUAGAAAAAACUGGAAUUGUGAUAAAAUAAGUGAAUUUAGUAUGAAUGGCCAUGUUAAUGACUUGGCUGGAACCUUAAAGUGGCCACUGGUAAAAUUUGUUAAUGUUCAGUAUCUCAAAAGUGUAUGUGGCACAGUUUUAUUUAUAAUGUGAAUUUAAGAAGUUUUGUACCGGGAUCAUUUCUUCUGUUGUAUUUCUCUCAUUUUCAGCUUGAAGCUUUACUUUGCACUGUUGACUCUGACCUGAAAGCAUUUAAAUUUAUGUCUUAGAGCUUGACAAAUUUUGAAACAAAUGUACAACGUAUUCUAAGCCAAGUCAGAUACUACCUGUUGACCUGGAAUUUAGCGCUUUUAGGAAUGAUUUCUUGAAAAAGGACUUCAGUAGUUUCCAUUUUGAAGGAUUUUCUUUCAAAUAACUGUUUUAUCUGAAAAUGCCUUUUGUAAGCUUGUCUAACAUGUGGCAAACUUAGUGACGUGUUCAAUUAAUUUAUAUUUUAUUCAACAUUCUUUUUAAAUUUUGGUUCUUAUGUAAGCUCAAGUUCUUUAUCUGUUCUUGUAAGGUAUUUUAUAAAAUUAAUGUUAACAGAAUGUUGUGUUGGUCUGUGAUUUUUCAAGACUCUGUCUCUCAUAUUGAAUAUCAUCAUCUUUCACAUUGCCUAUCCUGGGUAGGGGCCUUGGGAACUGUUGUUUUCUAAGCCACAGAAAUGAGGUCUUACUUCAAAAUAAGGUGAAUUGUUGCAUUGAGAAAUUCACUUUA